AUGUUGCACGGUGGUAUAGAUGCUACAUAUCGACUGAAGUUUUUUCGUUGUUUAUCCAUAUCACUUUGGAUAUCGGCCUGUGCUAUUGAUAUGCUAGCACAUUCGACUACAUGUCGAUCAACAUCGUUUCUACGGUUUCUGUUUGGUGCAACAUGUUCGGUUUAUGAAAUAGCUGGGAUAAUUUAUGCGUCUGGCGCGGUAGCUUUUGGUGUAUCAAUUAUUGAAAUAUAUAUCGUAAUACCGCUGUCUAUUGCCAACUGUGUCCUGUCCUCAGCUCACAAUAGAGUAAAUGAUAAUUUUCCAUCAGCAUCAAUACUGUUAACAAUAAGAAUAUGUUGUUUGCUAAUAGCUACGGAAUUAUGUAAUAGAAAUUUUAAGCGAUUUUAUAAUUAUCAAAAGACUUUUAAUAAAGCAGCUAAUUCAUUAUUGCGUCAGUCACUAUUUUUUAUUAUUGCACUAUUAUUUUUUACUGCACCAGGUCUACGAACAGUUUAUCGAGAUAUUGAUCAAGGACGAUUUUUUUCUGCUAAUGAUGAUGAAACUAAUUUGAUGGAAAAUACACUUGGUCGGGAACAAUUGCGGAUACUUCGUGAUUUUUUAUUAAUUAAUAUCGUUUGUUAUGCUGUAUUUAAUAAACAUGCAUUAGAUAUUAAAGCUGGUGGACGGUUUUAUUUUAUUCGUUUGAUUAUUGUCGGUUUAUUUACCGUACAAGGUUCUUCCGUACUAAUUGCUAACGCUGAUCCACUAAAAUUCAGACAAUUAAAAAUUUAUUUUGACAUUAUUGAAUGUGUUACCUUUGUUGUAACAAUUAAGUUACUAUCUUACAAUUUAUAUUUUUCAUCACAGAAGAAGUUCUAUCAUCAAAUGGAUCCGACACCAUCAAUAUUACCAUGUUAG